AUGGGGCUCAUUUCAAGAAAACAUCCGAAUGUCUAUGAUGUGGUUUCGGUUUCUACGUGGGCAGACCUUGAAUUUGUUUAUCAUCGAUCAGCCUGUUAUCUCAGAAGAAUGGCCAGCUCCACUGCUCAGAAUUUGGCGGCUCUUUUUGCUGGAAAAUUGAAGCCGUCUGUGUUAUCAGACAGAGAAAUCAUCAAUUUCUUCUUGCACACUGGUGCUGCCUCGUAUCUAAAAUACGACAAGAGGAAGAAGGUCUUUGGAUAUUGCUUCGAGUACAUAAAGUCGUACAUUCUGCACAAAGGAUACUACCUAGACGUCCGAGAAGUGAGAUUCACGAAGGAAGAGGUGAUAGCGAUUGCUGCUGGUGGAAAAAUUUAUUUCAAAUCGAAAGUCUCUGCGGCCGAUUGGAAGCUUCUCAAGCUGCAUCUUCAGACUAUCAUGGGUUUUAUGAUUCCCGCCACUCAGCACAACUGGGUCCAUUUUUGCCUUCCUUCCGCCGUCGCCGUCAACUGCGAAAAGCUCCUCCCAAAGACUUCUGUGCUCAGGCAACUGGUUGAGCCACAUUACAGAUUCACAGAGCGCCUCAAUCAUCAAGCGCUCUUCGUUUGUCACUCCUCUGACAAUCGGAACUCGUUCUUUGACAAAUAUCUCAAACCCUGGCUUGCAUUUCCCAUGACCAAAGAGGUGUUCAUCGAGCAGCUAAGUAAGGAAUGCCAGCGGUACUACAAUAAGCGACCCGAAGAGUUCUGCCCCUCGCCAUUUUUGCACGAUGAAAAUUUGAUCGACAUUCCAUACAUAAAGAUGUUGAGAAAGUAUCACAGCGUUGUCAGAAGAUUUGUCUGCCAAGUCGCUCUUUUUAUCGAUCCCGAAGAAUGGCAAAUAAUUGCUGAAAGUAUUGGGAUAACACUUUCUGGAAUCGAAGUCCUUCCUAUGGCCGAUCUUCUGACCACCUUCAUUUGGCAAGUUUCAGUCGUCCAUUCUUUGGAUCACGAAAUCUAUGUCAAUAUGCUGAGUCGAAAUUAUCCGUGGUCUCUUGCUAUCAACGUUCCUUUCGAACCAUACUCAAAUACAAAGUUUUGGGAAGAUUUCUGUGAAGAGAGAGGUUUGAAGCUUGCUGAAAUCAUGAAGGAUCCUGCUAGAAAAUUAAUCACUUCGGGCGAUUGCCUCAGAUCAGCUUCGUUUGCUCAAGUUUGGGCAACUUUCAUCCCUCCUCUUUUCAACGAAAAGGCUUUACAGUUGACAUCUGUCGCAUAUCAGUUCGAAGACAGAGAGUUACAGCAAGCUGCCAAAAGCUUCAAGGCAAAUUUGAUUGCUGCUGAGCAAGAGCUGCGCGAAGAGUUCGAAAAAGACGGCGAAUUAGAAUAUUUUUCUGGCUUGGAUUGUAUUCGACAAUCCAUUUGCUUUUAA